UGGGAGUAUUAUUUAUAAAUAACUGUGGUUAUUUUGCAAACUAUAGAAGCCAUCAAAAUGAAAUAUUGCAAGAUCUAUAUCAGUUUGUUGCUACUAGGAGUGUGCCAUUUAUCAAUUGGUAUGGAACAAGACUUAAAAGAUUUAGUAAACUUUUUGCAAAAUUGUACGGGCGGCAAUGCUCUGGUAGAGGAUCUCUUGUCACAUAAUCCUGGAAACCCCAGAUCUCCCAAAGACCCCAAAGAUUUAGAAUACUUUUUGUACAAGGAUAAGGGUGGCAAUAUUCAACGAGAGUACCUAAUACCAUAUACUCCUGUAAAAGUCAGAUCUUCCCCAUCCGAUGUAACAUAUAUAUUCUUCAGUAAGGCCAACCCUAUCGAUGGCGUAGAGGUUAACAUUAACAAUAUCGAGAAAUUGGCCAGGACAUCAUUUAGAUCGUGGCGAGAAACUAUUUUUGUCAUCCAUGGUUGGUUGGGAAGCCGUGAAGCAGAUGUUAACUCAUAUAUCAGAAGAAAUUUAUUAAGGUAUCAUAAUGUCAAUAUCUUUGUUGUCGAUUGGAGUCCAAUUGCUGGAGAUCUUUAUGUUUUUGCACAGAGUCAAGUGAGAAAGGUUGGAGAGUAUGUAGCAGAUUUCGUUAGAUCCCUGAUUAAUGUAUACAGUUUACAACUUGAUAGGUUGACACUUGUUGGUCAUUCCCUUGGAGCUCAUAUCUGUGGGAAUGCUGGAGCUGCUCUGAAUGGCCAGGUCGAGACAAUUGUUGGUUUUGAUCCGGCUGGUCCUUUAUUCAUAGCGUCCUACAAAGACAACCGUAUAGACAAAGACGACGCAAUAAACGUCCAAAUCAUCCACACCAAUGGAGGAAGGCUACUAAAGCUGGGAUAUUAUGACCCAUGUGGAGAUUCUGAUUUUUAUCCUAAUGGAGGACGAACGCAACGAGGUUGUGAAUGUGACCUAACAGGAAUUUGUUCUCACUCUCGGUCAUACGAACUAUACGCUGAAUCACUUACUACUGGAGCUUUUGUUGCUCAAAGAUGCGACAGCUAUUCAGAUUACGAAGACGGUAAAUGUUACGGACCAAAAGUCAGCAUGGGAAUGUUCCCAAUUGAUAAAAAUGCUUCUGGUACCUACUACCUUAAUACCAACAGUCAGUCCCCAUAUGCUCGAGGUUAAAUGUGUUUAUUUUAAUAAAGAAUUAGGUAUGUUAUCAAUAAAGCUUAUAGUAAA